CAGCCGUCGGGAGCUGAGCAGGAUCUGGCAUCAUGGGGAAGCUGCGCCGGAGGUAUAACAUCAAGGGGCGCCAGCAGGCGGCCCCUGGCCCUUCCAAAGGCCCUCCCGAGCCGCCCCCCGUGCGACUGGAACUGGAGGGAGAGGAGGCCCCCCCACCAGAGGAAAACGACAUCGGCCCAGAACCUUGAGGAGGCUCCUGGGCAUCUGUGCUCCCUGGACUCUGGGGCCAUGGGUCAGGCGAGCGUGUCUUUUCAGAUAAGGGCACUUUGAAAGGAGUUGAUGCCAGCAAUGCACUUGUCCUGCCGGGAAAGAAGAAGAAGAAGAGUAAAGCCCCUCCCCUGUCCAAGAAGGAGAAGAAGCCCCUGACCAAGAAAGAACGCAAGAUGCUGCAGAGAAUCUUAGACCAGAAGGAGAAAAAGAGCCAGCGAGCAGAGAUGCUACAGAAAUUGAGUGAGGUCCAGGUUUCAGAAGCGGAGAUGAGGCUCUUUUACACCACGUCCAAGCUGGGCACCGGGGACCGCAUGUACUGCACCAAAGACUUUCUCGGCAGGAAGCCCGACGAGCUAGCAGCCCAGGGUCAGAAGAUCAGCAGCCUCAGCGGGGCCUGCCGGAAGCGCCGACACCAGGAUUCUGAAGAGGAGGCUGAAGAGGAGGAAGGUGAAUCCUCAGCAGAGUCCGAACUAGAGGAGGCCCCAGUGGCCAAGCGAGUGGAAGCCACUGAGGGCAUGGCCCCAGCACAUCUGCCACCAACCUUGUCGGGGGCUGGGGGCCAGAGCCCAGUGCCCAGCAAUCCAGCCGGAACCCCAGCUGCUCCAUCUGCUCCUCCUGUGACAGCCUCUGCCCUGGCCAGGCCGCCAGCGAAGCCUGCCAUCUUCAUCCCUGUGAACCGCUCCCCCGAAAUGCAGGAAGAACGGCUGAAGCUCCCAAUUCUCGCUGAAGAACAGGUCAUCAUGGAGGCGGUGGCCGAGCACCCCAUCGUCAUCGUGUGUGGCGAGACCGGCAGUGGGAAGACCACCCAGGUGCCCCAGUUUCUCUACGAAGCAGGCUACAGCAGUGACAACAGCAUCAUUGGCGUCACGGAGCCCCGCCGAGUGGCCGCCGUGGCCAUGUCCCAGCGAGUGGCCAAGGAGAUGAAUCUGUCGCCACGGGUUGUCUCCUAUCAGAUCCGAUAUGAAGGAAACGUGACUGAAGAGACCAGGAUCAAGUUCAUGACAGAUGGCGUCUUGCUCAAGGAAAUCCAGAAGGAUUUCCUGCUGCUGAAGUACAAGGUGUUGAUCAUUGAUGAGGCUCACGAGAGAAGCGUGUACACCGACAUCCUGAUCGGCCUUCUGUCCCGCAUCGUGUGUCUCCGGGCGAAGAGGCACCUGCCGCUGAAGCUGCUCAUCAUGUCGGCCACACUGCGGGUGGAGGACUUCACCCAGAACCAGCGGCUCUUCGCCCAGCCACCCCCGGUCAUCAAGGUCGAGUCCAGGCAGUUCCCCGUGACGGUGCACUUCAACAAGCGGACGCCGCUGGAAGACUACAGCGGGGAGUGCUUCCGGAAGGUCUGCAAGAUCCACCGCAUGCUGCCUGCAGGCGGCAUCCUGGUGUUCCUGACGGGGCAGGCAGAGGUCCAUGCGCUGUGCCGCAGGCUGAGACGAGCCUUCCCACUUGCCAGGCACAGGCUGCCAGAAAAGGAUGAUCAGAAAGAUUCAGUAGAAGAAAUGCGGAAGUUUAAGAAGUCUCGGGCACGGGCGAGAAAGGCCCAGGCCGCGACGUUGCCCCAAAUCAGUUUGGACAAUUACUCGGUGUUGCCAGUGGGCGAAGGCGACGAGGACAGGGAGGCGGAAAUGGAUGAGGAGGAGGAGGCCUUGGGCUCCGACCUGGACCUGGACUUAGGGGACGAUGGAGCCGAUGGAGGUGAGCAGCCUGAUGCCUCGAUUCCCCUCCACGUGCUCCCUCUCUACUCUUUGCUGGCCCCAGAGAAGCAGGCACAGGUCUUCCAACCUCCCCCCGAGGGGACGCGACUGUGUGUUGUGGCCACCAAUGUGGCCGAGACAUCCCUCACCAUCCCAGGCAUCAAGUAUGUGGUGGACUGUGGGAAGGUCAAGAAGCGGCACUAUGACCGUGUUACCGGCGUGUCCUCCUUCCGUGUCACCUGGGUCUCCCAGGCCUCAGCAGAUCAGCGAGCCGGCCGCGCAGGCCGGACGGAGCCUGGCCACUGCUACAGGCUCUAUUCCUCUGCGGUUUUCGAGGACUUUGAGAAGUUCCCCCCUCCAGAAAUCACCCGGAGGCCUGUGGAAGACUUGAUCCUUCAGAUGAAAGCUCUCAAUAUUGAAAAGGUCAUCAACUUCCCCUUCCCGACGCCCCCCUCCAUAGAGGCCCUCAUUGCUGCUGAGGAGCUGCUGAUCGCCCUGGGUGCCCUGCAGGCUCCGCCCAAAACAGAAAGGAUGAAGCAGCUGCAGAGGUCUCGGCUCAGCUGCCCCAUCACCGUGCUGGGCAGGACCAUGGCCACGUUCCCUGUGGCCCCGCGCUAUGCCAAGAUGCUGGCGCUGAGCAGGCAACACGGCUGCCUGCCCUAUGCCAUCACCAUCGUGGCUGCCAUGACCGUCCGGGAGCUGUUCGAGGAGCUGGACAGACCGGCUGCCAGCGACGAGGAGCUCGCCAAGCUGAAGGGCAAGCGAGCCCGGGUGGCCCAGAUGAAGAGGAUCUGGGCAGGGCAGGGAGCUUCUCUGAAACUCGGAGACCUCAUGGUGUUGCUAGGCGCCGUGGGAGCCUGCGAGUACUCUGGCUGCUCACUGCAGUUCUGCGAGGCAAACGGGCUGCGGUAUAAGGCCAUGAUGGAGAUCCGGCGCCUGCGGGGCCAGCUGACCACCGCAGUCAACGCCGUGUGCCCCGAGGCCGGGCUCUUCGUGGACCCCAAGAUGCAGCCACCUUCCGAGAGCCAGGUGACCUACCUGCGGCAGAUCGUGACAGCCGGCCUGGGUGACCACCUGGCCCGCAGGGUCCAGAGUGAGGACCUGCUGGAUGAAAAGUGGAAGAACGCCUACAAGACACCCCUCCUCGAUGAACCUGUCUUCAUCCACCCCAGCUCUGUCCUCUUCAAGGAGCUCCCCGACUUUGUGGUCUACCAGGAAAUUGUGGAGACCACCAAGAUGUACAUGAAAGGCGUCUCUACCGUGGAGGUCCAGUGGAUUCCCGUUCUGCUGCCUUCUUACUGCCAAUUUGACAAGCCCCUGGAAGAGCCGCCCCCCACCUAUUGCCCCGAGAAGGGGAGGGUGCAGUGUCAUCAGGCCAGCGUGUUCUAUCGCGUCGGCUGGUCGCUCCCCGCUGUCCAGGUGGAUUUUCCAGAGGGCAUUGACUGCUACAAGCACUUCGCUCGGGUUCUGCUGGACGGGCAGGUCUUCCCCAAGCUGGCCUCCUAUAAGGGCUGUUUGCUCUCCAGCCCCAGCACAAUGUUGAAGACCUGGGCCAGGCUGCAGCCCAGGACAGAGAGUCUCCUGAGAGCCCUUGUUGCUGAGAAAGCCGACUGCCGAGACACCUUGCUGGCUGCUUGGAGGAAAAACCCCAAAUACCUGCUGGCUGAGUACUGCGAGUGGCUCCCGCAGGCCAUGCAUGCUGACGUCGAGAAAGGCUGGCCACCCACCCCUGACCACUGACUCGGGGCCUGCCCAUGGGGCCAAGGACUGGCCUAGGGACCUAGGAGGCUGGCGGCAGCCAGCGUCCAGCAUGGUCACCCUGAUCCCAAGGCUGCUCCCAGGAGGCAGGUCACGCCCCUGGACACCCUUGUUUAUCUUGGCUCUAUUCUGGGCACAACUUGCUACCACCUUGGGCCUUAUGAUCCCAGGAGUGACUUUUGUAGCUAUUUAUUACAGGGCAGCUAAUUUUUUUAUCUCCCACGCUAGCCUCGUUUUAAAUAUGCCCUGUGGGAAUUCCCAGGUGGCACAGUGGGUUAAAGAUCUAGGGUUAUCACUGCUGUGGCAUGGCCCACUGCUGUGGCGCUGGUUCAGUCACUGGCCUGGGAACUUCUGCAUGCCGUAGGUACGGCCAAAAAAAAAGCCUCUGUGGACUACAUUAGUCCCUUGUAGAGAAGCAGGGCUGGGGGGCGAAGGUGACCAUGGGCCCUUCCCUUCAUCUGUUCCCUGCGGAAGUAGUACCCCCCUCCCCCCAGCCCGGGAGGAUCCCCCCAAGGCUCCUGCCUUCUCCUGUGGCAUGGGCAUCUCCUCCCUGGGGACAGUGCCUGGCUGGCUACAUUGCUGUAAUAAAUCUUUGCUUUGAUA